AUUUUGUGAGUCUUUAGAUUGAGUCAGUCAGUUUGUCAGUCAGGGGUUAGAGUCUAAGUGGCGAGGUUUGGAACCGCUAAUCCGGUCGUGCACUUAUCACCAUGGUUGACACCCGUAGUGGGAAGAGCACCAGCCCCUACACCCAGGAACAGGAGGAGAAGAUGGCCGCCUUAGUGAGAGAGAACAAGGAGAGGAAAGAGCUCCUGAAACAGGCAAAGUUAAAGGCAAUUGCAGAGGAGCAGGCGACGAAGAUGAAGGAAUUGGAGGAGGAGAUGGAGAAAAAGAAGAAGGCUGCUGAACAAGAAGCGGCAGCAGAAGCAGAAGAGGAGAGGAAACGCAGGGAAGUAAAAGGAGAGAGUAGUGGCACGACGAAUGAGGAUGCUGCAAUGGAGAAGAAGAUCAGCGAGUGGAUUGCUAAUUUAUCGUUGGGGGAAGAUGAGGAGGCAGAGUUUUAUGUGCCCCGGGAUGAGAGGGAUGCGUUAGCCAGCGAGCCAGUGACACUCGAGGACCCUCUAGAACGGCGAGAAAGAGAAGAAGAGAAGAAGUUUGAGUGGAAACUGACGAUGGAGAGGGAAAAGAAGAGGAGGAGGGACGAAGUUAAUAGGCUGACCGAGGAGGUGGCAAAAAUGAGAGAUUGUAGACAAGAGGUGCAGGCGCAGCCAGACAUUUCUGCCAAGAUGGAUAAGGUGCUGGGUUAUCUGGAAGUGUUGAGUGCGGGCUGGAUGGAGGAGCGCCAAGCCAAUAGGGGUCAAGAUGUGGCCCUGAGUGCCAUGCGGUCAGGAUUUAGAGAUUUCGCGGGCGAUAUGGUCACCCAUGUUGGAGGCGACGUUAGGCGACUGAGAGACAGCAUGGGGAAGUUCUGCGAGGGCACCAUUGAAUGUGCCAAAGCAAUAGCCGCUGUAGAGGGUGAGGCCAGGCCUCGUAAGGAGCCCGUUAAGUUUAAUUUCCCAGAUGCAUACGGGGGGAAGAAAGAGGAGAAUUUUGAUAACUGGGAGGCCAGCGUGAAUAGCUAUUUUCUUUCUCUUUUAUUUGUCUGGCCAUUCUCCAAACGGAUAUACCGUAUCAUCAAUGGACUUAUUGCAGAUGCCUUCUGGUCUCAGAUGGUUUGGCUGGUGGAAUGGCGAGCUGGGGUAAAGGUGCGGCUUUUCACAGAUGAGGCAACAUGGAAAGCCUUAGGAACGGAGCACUGUUUGCUCAUUGCGAAUCACCGGAGCGAUGUGGAUUGGCUGAUUGGCUGGGUAGUGGCAAAGGGGGCUGCAGGAGGAGCGGGAGGAGCAGCAGGAGGGGGAGCAGGAGAAGGAGAGGGAGGAGGAGCGGGAGAAGGAGCGGGAGGAGGACGGAGUUGUGGUGGAGCAGCAGGAGAAAAAGAAAAGGCGGCUGGAGAAGCAGCGGGAGGAGGAGUGAGAGGAGGAGCGGGAGGAGCAGGAGCAGGAGGAGGUGCGGGGGAAGGAGCGGGAGAAGGAGCAGGAGGAGGAGGGGGAGGAGGAGGGGGAGGAGGAGGGCUAGUAGUGAGAGCAGGAGCGGGAGGAGGAGAAGGAACGGCGGGAAACGGGGAGGGGSAGUUAACGAACGCUGUCGAGCGCAUCGGCUUCCGCCUUUUUUGCAAAAGGAGAGAGCCCUCCCGGCCAUGUCACACAGGAGUAAACAAAACAAAACCGAGACAACUUAGAGAUGACGACGAACCGCCGAGACGGACGUGGUUGCAUCGUCCCUUUGCCGCUCUAGCAGUCGGCCGCCAACCCCCGGAGCGAACGCGUUGUCGAGCCCAUUAGGGUAGGGCAUAGGCCCUCCAACCCACCGAUGCCGUUUCGAGUCCCGGUAAAAACUCUCCCGUUUUCUUUCCACCCCAAAAAUGGUCAAAACCCCUCUGCUCUUGUGCUGGGGCUGCACACGCAAAGCGGCCGCCCGCCUCCUCCCCUUUUUUUUCUCUUGCUACUCAACGAGUGAAUCGCACGGAUGUCACAAUUUUAAAGCAGAAUAAAUUUAAACUCUGUAUUUCCACGGACGUCUAUCUCUCCGGCCUUUAUUCAACGUAGAGAGUGAUCGGUCACACCAUCAAACCCUGCCAUCACGUCUGUCGGUAUUCAGAGCUACUCAACGCCUGAAUCGCGCGGCUGUCACAAUAAUAAGCAGAAUAAAUUUAAACUGAGUAU